AGUUGUGGAGAAGUCUUUUGUUGUUUCAUUGUCAUCAUGGCUGCUGUUCAGACUGAGGUUUCCCUGUCCUCACAACCCUGGCAGAGGCCCCUGUACAUCUACGGGGGGUUGGCAUGCAACUCACUGAUGGCUGACUUCUGGUCCGACAGAACUCCUCUCCAUGAAGCCGCCUACCAAGGCAGACUGCUACACCUGAGAAGCCUCAUCGCUCAGGGCUUCCAUGUAGACACACUCUCCAUGGACAGAGUCUCCCCUCUCCAUGAAGCUUGCCUCGGUGGACAUUAUGCUUGUGCUAAGUUCUUGGUGGAAAACGGUGCAAAUGUGGAGGCAGUAUCAACAGAUGGCGCCACACCUCUCUUCAACUCUUGCAGCAGCGGGAGUGCUGCUUGUGUGAGGCUCUUGUUGCAGCACAGUGCCUCCGUACACACCCCCUACCAGCUGGCAUCACCCAUCCAUGAGGCUGCUAAGAAAGGUCACAGGGAGUGUCUGGAGCUGCUGCUGUCGUAUGGAGCUCAUAUUGACGUGGAGCUGCAAGUGGUGGGGACGCCGCUGUACUCUGCCUGCAUGGCCGGGUCUGCAGCCUGUGUCAGGAUGCUGCUACACUCAGGAGCAGAUGUUCAGAUGGGGUGUGGGCAGGACAGUCCUUUACAUGCUGCGAUUCGAGGUGGAGAAGCAGAAGUUGUGGAUCUUCUGCUGGAUUUUGGGGCCGAUGGGUGUCGUCGGAACCCUGAGGGUAAGACCCCUCUGGAUUUGUCAUCACCCAACAGCGCAGUGAGAGUUGCACUGCAGAACAAAGGUCCCUGCUCUCUGUCUCAGCUCUGUCGGUUCUGUAUACGUCGAAGUCUGGGGAGGAGUCGUCUUCACAGAGCCUCGGGCCUCUUUCUCCCACACAGCAUCAAGGACUUCCUCCUCUACCAAUGAGACGUCUCUGCCCUGCCACCGUGGCUCUUUGUUUGCUGCAUCGACUGAGCUGUCCUUCAUGUUUGUACCUUCUGUCCCUGACUAACAUGAUGCAGGGAAAAAAAGAUUUCCGCAUUCAGAGAAUGGGACAUAGUGAUCUGUAUUUUAUUAAUCGGUUGCUCUUAGAAUUAUAAUUGUUAUUAACAUAUUACUCAAAUUCAAUUCAGUUCAGUUUCAUUUAUAGAGCCCAAUAUCACAAAUCACAAUUUGCAUCACAGGGCUUUACAAUGUACAAUAUGUUUUCUGUCUGUGGACCCUCACAGCAGAGAAGGAAACUCCCCCUAAAAAACCCUUUAACAGGAAAAAACUCAAAUUAAAUGCUUUUGAUACAAGCAUUGGAAGUAGCAUUCAUAUUGCUGUACCUUUAUUGUGUCAAGUUUUGUAUUUUUAAACCUUUAAUGAAGUUAUUACCAUUUUUACUUUUUUUACAAAAUGUAUUUAAAGGGAAACUUCACUGACUUUACACACCAAAGUCAGUUUACAUGUGUUGGAUAGUGCAAGUGCAUAUGCAGAAAUAGCUGUAUAAAGCUUUUUGUGGCUCCAGAGAGAGUGGCUCAUAGUUUCACAUGUUGCCUCAAGUGAUGUCACUAGAGUCAAUAAAGACGACAAGUAUCACAAUAAAAAAUAAUCUUUGUGUGUGAGGAGUCAGAAAGAGGUGGUCUCACCAGACCUCAGUAGCUCCUCCUCAUCUCUGCUUGAAGCUAGUGAGGCUACAUUAGCUGCUAUUAGCAUACCAAACGUAACACCUGACUCUCCAACAGAACUGGUUGGUUGAGUUGCAUUGUGGGUAACGUAGGUGAUAAGAAGGAUGUGUGGGAUAAAAUAGACAAUAUCUGUUUCUGCUGCAUCGGUUUUGAUCAUUUUUUACGUACAAAGCCAAAACUUGUGUAAAAUAUUGUCAUACAGGAUUCACAAAAUAGUAUAAGGUGUAAAUCCGUGUAUCCACAAAAACUAAAUACUGUAUUUUGUAAAAAAAAGUAUUUUAACAAGAUGAUUGUAAUGUUUUGUAUUCUUUGGUGAUCCUCGUGUGAGAACACCUCCCUCCCACCAUUUGUGUGUAAAUAAAUAUAAUGCAGGUUGUCUUCAUGUUUCCAUAGUGUUAUAAUUCAUUAGUUGGUAUUUUUACUGUUAGCCUGUUAGUUGGCUCCCGUUUCCACAUUUGGUGUUGGAGGCAGCAAAAGGGGUUGCGGGUUCACUUUGAGUGGACUGCAAGUGACUUGAGAACACAUCACUUUUUUUUGAAGUACAGUAAAUUUCUGGCACAGAGCUUUUAUUUUGCAGCACUAAUACAGCCUAGCUUUCUCACUCUCUCUUACUGUUAAUGUUAACUACAGCCAUUCUGCUGCUCUCAUCAAGAAAGGAAAAAUACCCACUGUCACGUCAUUGCGUCGUCAUAUUCAUCUUUUAAUACACAUUUUAAGUCUCUGCACCCAGUGUCACUUUUCCCUGUGGUACAGAAAAUGGUAUUGAAUAUCAAUACUUUGUGGGGCAUUGUAGAGAAGUUAGAAAUUUCAGUGCUGGGACUCUGUUCAGCUCUGGUAGUUUCCAGCUACGCUCCUCCAGGUGGUUCCUUUUUAACGUACUCUGGGUUUUAACAGAUCUGGGGAAAACUGCAUUCUCCUGCUCUGCACCUUGGACAUGGAACAAUCUCAAAAAGAUUUAAAAUUAGAAACACUUAUAUUAAUUGAUGAAUUUAAGGGCAUCAUAAAGAAUGUGGUGAUAGAGACAUGAGCUUAUUUUUCUUGAGAGGCCACUAUGUUUGAAUAGUU